AUGGUGUUAAUAUGUAUAUACGCGCCAAUAAUCUUUCCACUUUCUUCUAUAAUACACGCAGAAUAUCCAUUUGACGUUAAUCGCACGUUAGUGAGCGUCAUCAUACGCGCUCAUCAAAGUAUCGCUUGUUGCCAAUGUUGCGCGCACGUAUGCUUGUCCGUGUUCGGGGCGCUUUUAAUCUGGUUUACAGCCGCGAGAUUCGAAUGUUUGGCCGUGGAAAUGCAGAGGAGCACGGACAUUGGCAUGAUGGGCAUUUGCAUUGAGAAACAGUUACGUUUAAAGAGAUAUGCGGAAGAGGUGGUCAGUUGCUUUCGUUUAAUGGUACUUUUUGUUAUAACGGCAUGCAUGUUCGUUAUGACUCUAGCUGCCACAGCAAUAGCCAUGAAUACGCCGCUAAUAGUAAAAGUGGCGUUCACAGGCCUCAGCGCUGCCCUACUUAUGUACGUUUACAUGUACGCGUGGCCAGCUGAUUAUAUGAAAGAGAAGAGCUUAAGUGUUUCACGGAGCGUGUACGAUAUAAUGUGGUACGAAGAGACCGUAAGAAUGCAAAAGGAUCUACUGAAUAUCUUGGUAUAUCAAAAGCCAGUGACACUUUCCAUCACUUGUCUAGUACCGGAGCUUUCUUUGGGUUACUAUUGCACGUACUUGUCGAAUACUCUUUCAUUCUGUACUGCUUUGCGUGCUAUACUAGACAAGAAUGCAACAUAA